UCCUUCCACCAGCUUCGACUGCCUUCCCUGCUGCUGCUGCUGCUGCUGCGAUCGAUCUCCUGUCCUCGGCCAGACUGACAUGGAGGGGAAGCGGGUGGCGAUCGUGGGCGCCGGCAUCAGCGGGCUGGCGGCGUGCAAGCAGGCGGUCGACCGCGGGUUCGAUCCCACGGUGUUCGAGUCGGAGCGCGGCGUCGGCGGCGUGUGGGCGCGCACGCUGGACUCGACGCGCCUGCAGUCGCCGCGCACGGCGUUCCAGUUCUCCGACUUCCCCUGGCCGCCCAGCGUGGCCGAGGUGUUCCCGGACCACCUGCAGGUCAUGGACUAUCUCCGCGCCUACGCCGCCGAGUUCGGCCUCCUCCGCCGCGUCAAGUUCGACCACCGGGUGCUGGGCAUCGACUACGUCGGCGCCGGCGAGGCCGAGAUCGCCGCUUGGGAGAUGUGGGCCGGCAACGGCGAGGCUUUUGGCGGCGGCGGCAAAAGCAGAGGGGAGUGGCACCUCACUGUACAGCAUGGGUACGAAACCGAGAUUUAUCAUGCGGAUUUUGUGAUCCUCUGCAUUGGACGGUUCAGCGGCGUCCCGAACAUCCCUGAAUUUCCCGCGAAAAAGGGACCUGAGAAUUUUGAUGGAAAAAUAAUCCAUUCCAUGGACUACUCAAACAUGGGCACUGCGAAAGCCUCUGAACUGAUCAGAGACAAGCUCGUAACAGUUGUGGGAUACCUAAAAUCUGCAAUUGAUAUUGCCUCGGAGUGUGCUGAUGUAAAUGGAACUAAGUAUCCAUGCACCAUGAUAUGUCGAACGAAGAGGUGGAUUAUUCCCGAUUAUUAUGCGUGGGGAGUCCCUCUCGCUUUCUUUUAUCUUAAUCGCUUCUCGGAGCUCCUCAUCCACAAACCUGGUGAAGGAUUUCUCCUUUGUUUGCUGGCCACCAUUUUGUCACCUUUGAAGUGGUUGUUAUCUAAGUUUACCGAGAGCUACUAUAAAUGGGCGAUCCCUAUGAAGAAGCACGGGAUGGUUCCGGACCACAGCUUCUUCCAGGCCAUUACGUCGUGCCUUAUUGCGAUAUUGCCGGAAAAUUUCUACAGCAGAGUCGACGAAGGGAGCAUUGUUCUGAAGAAAGCAAAGGAAUUUAGUUUCUGCAAAGACGGGGUGAUGGUCGACGGUGAGGAUACGCCGAUAAAGAGCGAUUUGGUGAUCUUCGCGACUGGAUUCAAGGGAGAUCAGAAGCUCAAAGACAUCUUUAAAUCACCCUUCUUUCGGAAUAUUGUAGCUGGAUCAUCUUCUACUACUGUUCCUCUCUACAGGGAAUGCAUACACCCGAGGAUACCGCAAUUGGCGAUCAUCGGCUACUCGGAGAGCUUAGCAAAUCUCUACACAUCCGAGCUACGUUCCAAGUGGUUGGCACACUUCCUUGAUGGUGGAUUCAAGCUCCCAAGCAUCAAAAACAUGGAGAAAAGUAUCAUGGAGUGGGAGAAAUUUAUGAAGAAAUAUUCACAAGAUUAUUUUAGGAGAUCAUGUAUUGGGACUCUUCAUAUAUGGUACAAUGACCAGUUGUGCCGCGACAUGGGUUGCAACCCAAGGAGAAAGAAGGGGUUUUUUGCGGAGUGGUUUGAGCCUUAUGGGCCUCAGGAUUAUGUUGAUGUUGAGCCCAAGAAAAAGAAAUAAUUUAAGUGGUGUGAUUAAUUAGUGAGUGGGGAUUCGCUUAAACUCGAUCGGUUUAAGAGUUCAGUAGAGUUCUGAUGAGAUGAAUUCGGUCGAAUUCGUGUUUUCGUGCUAAAUAUUUUCUCUGAAAUAAAUUGGAGUUCGUUUGAUGUUUU